AUGGCCAACACGGGCUACACGUCGCCGUUUCCGACUUCCCAUGAUACCAUCGGGCAGUCUACUCUUGUAACUCCACUGUUUAUGCCUUCUUCUCCGCCGCAACAACCUUCCAGUCCCGCGACAGAAGCACCGCAAUCACCUCAAUCUCCAAGAUCUCCGCAGUCACCACGGUCACCACAAUCUCCACCACGCCCCGAGAGCCCGGCCUCUGAGCACUUUGACCCUCAUCAUGACGAUGACGAUGGCGAUGACGAAGCACAUGUAAGCAAUGAAGGAUCGCAUCACGAGGACCAGCUACAGGACUUGUCCCGCCCGUCAACCCCAGGAAGCCCAAGCAGUUUCGACUUAGAUGCGCGCCUCGCCGAUUAUACUCUCGAUUUCAGCGCGUUUCCGAGCAGCAAAUUCCUGGAUGGCAAGGAUGGGCCACCACUCCCGGACCCGGAGAAUGAAGAAGACAAGUUAUCCGAUGUGGGCGGGCCGGAAGACUUCACCGCAAAUAUGGAGAGAUAUCUGAUGGGCGAGGGCAUGUCGAGCGUCAGGAAAAGCCGGGUCAGUGAGCGCAGUGAGCUGCCAGGAUCAGCGUCGCAAUAUAACUCCACGAGACCACAACAACCGGCCGUUGAAGAGGAUGUAGAGUCGGGCGAAAUCAGCGAGUUCGGGCCUCCAGUCGAUAUGUCAACACCGUCGCAUCUCUUGCACAGAACUAGCGCACUUGCAAGGGAUUCAACGCAGCUGGAAGAUAUCGAGGAGGAUCCAAAUGAUGAGCUCUCCGCCAUGGCAUCCCCGUCCGAGCGCAAGAUGUCGAUGAACUCGGAUGAUGAGGCGGAAAAUCUAGAACAGCGCUUGCAGCAGCGCAUCGCUGAGCUGGAAGACGAAGUUCAGAACCGAGAUGAGCAGUUGCACAAAAAUCGCAAGCGCGUCCUCGAGGCUGUUUCGGCUGUAGAGCAAAUCCGACACCUACAAGCCGAGCUACAGAUCAAGAACGAGCAGUUGGACGAAAUUACUGCCAGGAGCGGCGACGAAGCGAAGCUGCGUGAGCAAAUAGAGGCCCUCCAGCGGCAAAACGAUCAACGCGAGAAGCUACUGCAGCAAUCAACAGUCAGUCAGCCGGACUUGGGCGCCGUCGAGCAACAACUUCGAGACAUGCAGAAGCAGCUGCAAAGCAGGGAUUCCCAGAGCUCGCUUGAUGCUGAGCGCUUGGAAACGAUUUCUCAUCUGCGGCAGCAACUGCAUCUCACCCAAGAACAACUUAAGAAGCGCGAUGAAACCUUGGACGAAACCAUGACCAAGCUGAAAGAAGUCACCCGAGCAAAGGAAGUCCAGCUCCACGAGAAGAAUACUGAAAUCGACAGGCUCAAGGGCGAGAUUGAUGACCACGCUCUGGAGAACGAGAGACUGGAGACUGAACUUGAGCGCGUCAAUAGGGACUACGAGACGCUCGAAGACCGCCUGACUGCUCUGGAGAUUAAGAGUGCACCACUUGAGGAGAGGAAUCACUCCCUCGAGGCAGAUCUCACCCGUGCCCAGUCACAGGUAGAGGCUCAAGAAAGUGCUCUGAAAGCCGUGGCAGCAGAUCUGCCCAUCGGUAGCCGAAGCACUUAUAGCGAAAUCCUUGAUCUGAUCAAAGAUCUUGGUGGUGAGGAACCAUCGCCAAGACCUGGCUCUCCACCCAAGGAGAAGUCCUUUGAAGAAAGCGAUAUGCAAAUCGGUCAGGAGAUCUCCAGGCUUCAGCAGGAGCUGCAAGAAGCCACCGCCGCUCAGAAGGCUGCAGAUGCCGAGGCUGGCCGCCUCAGAGAACAGCUCUCAGAGACACAAAACCUGAUCAAAACGAUCGAAAAGGAGAACUCGCGCCUUACCACAAGAGUGGAAGAGCUGACAUCCGACCUAAACAAUACCCAACACGAGUUGACGCGUACACAAGAAGAGCACGCUGAGUGUCUCGAGACUAUUGCUCGUCUCGAAGAAGAAGCCAUCGACGAACCCCCAAGCCCACCACCUUCACCUCCUCAGACUCGCGGCGCCGACCAUGUAGAAGUACGAGAGGCUGCCAAGACCGCAGAGCUAGAAGCCACCCACCAAGCUCAGAUCCGAAGCCUGCAAACCGUGCACUCCACAGCAAUCUCCACCCUCCGUUCCUCCCACGCCGAAUCCAUGCGGAAGAUCCGCAAUUCACUCACAACUGCCGAACAGCGUGAAGCAGAGAUCCGCACUGAGCUGACAACUAUCCGCGCCUCGAUUGCAACCCAAGAAUCCCAAUUGCGAAAAACAUUCAAGUCUGAAAUCAGACGACUGGAGGCUGUUAUCGCCGCCAAGGAUGAGACCGCCGCAGCCGUGGACGAGCGCAUCGCAUUGUCUGUUGAUAGACGAGAACGUGAAUGGGAACGUCGUGUGGAUUUACUGCUGAAAGAACGUGAUCGUAUGGCCAAGGCUCUUAUGAUGUAUUGGGGAGAGAAGGAAUUGGGCAAAGGUCCUGGUCCGUUGGCUGAGGGGAAGGAGAGACAUCGGCGGGAUGGUGAUGAUGCGGAUGUUAAGCAGGGACAGGCGUACAAGUACAAGUAUGCGCAGAAGCAUCGAUCUAGGACGGGAGAGAAGAAAGUAUGA